AUGGACAACGACGCUAACGCUUUACCUGUCCCGGAGAGCAUGCGUGAAGAGUCAGCUCAGCAUUGGGAAGACAGUUUUGAUGAUUGCAUAACGAAAUGCGGCUUCGAAUUCGUUGAUAUUGUGGAAAUUUCUUUUCGUUUGAAAGUAGACGUUGGGCUGGAUCUUGAUUUGCCCUUCGUCGCCCAAUCCCUGCGCCACACAGCGGACGUUCGCUAUCGAGCUCAUGCCACCCCAGGCACAGAUCCGGAGCAGCCAAGCUGCGUCACGUCGCGUGAUAUGCACACGGUGAACACUAUUAGCGGAAAUUGGGGUGUGCCCAGUCCUGUGGUAGCCUCUGCAAAAACCGCAGCCUCAGUGUCAGCAUCGCCAUUGCGCGACCGCAGCACGAUACAGACCGAUUUUGGCCAGCAAUACAAGAAGUGCAUUCCUGUAGAAGUGCUGCGAGAAGAUCCAAGGAUAGCGGACCAGAAUAGCGGCAAGAUCACCAAACGACUCUCUGACUCGCCAUGUUUUUAUUACAACCUUCCGGCGAAGAUCAAAAAAUCUUUCUUGAGUCGAGACGAACAAAUAAUGGCAGAGCAGGGAGUUGAAGCCAAUAAAUGGCUGUUACGAUUGGAUGAAGGAAUGCAGAACGAAUUUCGCGUUGGCGCUCAUUACAAGAGGGGAUGGAAGGGCAUUGAGACAUCCUGA